UUCCUUUUAAAUGACAGCUUAUGUCAUAAUAAAUUUCUAACCUAAAAUAUGCUAAAAACUCAAAAUUUUACAAUUUACCAGUCUAAUUACAGAAAAUUAACCGCGAAAUGGACUUGCGUAGCAUGCGUAAGAGUAAAAAGUACAGCAGAACCAAAAACAAAAACUUACUCUCAUACAAUUUUGUUUCCAAAAACCAAUUUUCCGGCACGAUCGAACAAUGCAACUAAGGAAGAUAUUCAAAAGACAGCCAAGUUUUCUGAACUGUACAACUGGCAGAGAGAACAUCUGACAGGUGCAGAGUUUGUGUUGCAUGAUGGUCCACCUUACGCCAAUGGAGACUUGCAUAUGGGCCAUGCUGUUAAUAAGAUUAUAAAAGAUAUAAACAACAGAAGCCAGCUCCUGCAAGGUAAUAAAGUCCACUACAUUCCUGGCUGGGACUGCCAUGGUCUGCCCAUUGAGUUCAAAGCACUCAACACUAAGGCAAGGAAAAAUGAACCCUCAGACCCUGUGCAUACGAGACAAAUUGCCAGGUCAUUUGCUUUGGAGACUAUUGAAAGGCAGAAGGAAGCUUUUAAAAGUUGGGGCAUUAUGGCUGACUGGGAUAAGCAAUGCUAUUUAACGCUGGACAAAAAGUACGUACAGAAUCAGUUGCGACAGUUCUACAAGAUGUAUAUGUCUGGCUUGAUAUAUCGGGCAUUGAAGCCUGUUUAUUGGUCACCAUCUUCCAAAACAGCCUUAGCUGAAGCCGAGUUAGAAUAUGACCCGCAGUUCAAAAGCAAAGAAGUGUAUGUAAAAAUGCCAAUGAUCAUAACUCCCAAACCUGCAAAGCAUUUAGAUAAACCCAUAUCAGCUAUAAUUUGGACGACUACUCCUUGGACCCUGGUAGCAAACAAGGCAAUCGCAUACAGUGCACAAAUGAUGUACGCUGUAGUCUCUCUCAGUAGCAGGCCAGAUGAACUGUUCCUGAUCGCACAAGACCAGAUUCAAGAGUUGGAGAAGGUUUUGGGCGCUGAAAUUAGUGUUUUCGUUAAGUUUAAAGGUCAGCAUCUCCAGGGCUGUUCAUACAAAAACAAUCUUUCCCCGAAUGUUUUGCCGUUUCUGGAAGCGGAUCACGUGACGAAAGGCAAAGGCACGGGACUCGUUCACACUGCGCCUGCGCACGGACCGGAGGAUUUCUUGGUCGCUUUGAAGAAUAACAUGACUGUGGAAUGCAACGUAAACGAACUUGGCCAAUACACGAACCUUGGCCCCAAACUCGACGGCCUCCAAGUCCUAACCGAAGGCCAGGAUGCCGUCAUCAAAAUGCUGGAACAGUCCAUCCUUCAGACAGGAACAUAUGUCCACUCCUAUCCGCUGGACUGGCGGACCAAGAAGCCCGUCAUCAUCAGGGCGAGUCAUCAGUGGUUCAUUGACACAUCUGCGUUGAAGGAGAAAGCAUUGGCAGCUCUGGAACAAGUCACAAUCCUUCCACCGUCAACAGCAGAGCAAUCUCGGCAAGGCUUCAGAGCGCAGCUGGAGAAACGGCCCUAUUGGUGCAUUUCACGACAACGUGCCUGGGGCGUGCCCAUUCCCGUGCUCUAUAGAGGAAGUGACGUCAUUCUUAACGAGGAGAUCCUGGAAAGGUUAUGUUCUUUAGUGGAAAAACACGACGCUGAUAUCUGGUGGACUUGUGACGUCAGAGACUUGAUUCCAAAGGAUGUUGCGAAAAAAUAUGACUUUGAAAUUGAAGAAAUCAGUAAAGGCAAGGAUAUAAUGGACAUCUGGCUAGACUCGGGGCUGUCCUGGCAGAUGUUAAAGGGGAAGAAAGCUCGACUAUACUCCGAAGGGGUGGAUCAGCUGACGGGGUGGUUCCAAGCGUCCUUACUCACGUCUCUAGCUCUGAAAGACGAUGCUCCAUAUGAGUCAAUAUUCGUGCACGGCUUCGUAGUGGACGAGAAGAAACGUAAAAUGUCUAAAUCUAUUGGCAACGUCAUAGACCCUAAAUCCAUCAUAUACGGGGACAAGAAACAACCUGCGUAUGGAGUCGAUACGCUCAGAUGGUGGGUAGCCAGUCACGCCACUCAACAUUCUCAGAUAGUUAUAAGCAAGAAACUUCUAGAAGACUGCCAGAACGAGGUCAUCAGACUUCGCAACAUUAUAAAAUACCUUCUCGGCGUCAUUAACGACUUGGAAAAGUCGAAUUUUAACCAAAACCCGACCUUAAAUUACUUCGACCAAUACAUGGUAGAAGAAUGUCAUGAGUUUGACAAGCAAAUACGCGAUUAUUACAAUAACUUUAGGUAUAACCAAGUCACUCAAUCUGUAUUAUUUUUCAUUAGCAAUAAAGUAUCAGGACUAUACUGUCACUGUAUAAAAGAUAGGUUAUAUUGUUCUGAAAAGAAUUCAAUCGAAAGGUUGUCAGCGCAACUUGUAAUUCAUACGAUUUUAGUCUCUAUCUGUAAGGCGUUAGGUCCAAUUUUGCCUCAUUUAGUCGAAGAGGUGUGGCGUUAUCAUCCUUUGUAUGACAAACCAUUUUAUUUUACUAAGGAAAUACCUAUUUUACAGACUAAAAAUAUAGAAAUGUCUCUAAUGGACGCCAUAUUGAAUAUUAAAAAAGAUGUCUGCAUGAAAACAAAGAAUGAAACUUUAAAAAAGUUUAAAUUAAAUUUGAGGGUAGAUUCGAAUUUGUAUAGAAAAUUGAAUGAAUUAAAUGUGAGUGAUGGAGUGAACGAUAGCGUUUUGUGUGAAAUUUUAGAACUGUCAGCUGUCAAUUUGACAGAUAGUCAAGGCGGGAAACGGGAAAUCGUGUUGUCACAGAGUAAAAAUGGACAGUGCUUGAGAUGUAGGAAAUAUAAUGCCGCAGAUAAUAGUGAUAAAUGUUUAAGGUGUGAAAAAGUUUUAGCUUAGAGCCAUGCCGUAUUUUUAGUUAAUGUUAAAAGAUAAAAAAAUAAUGUCUAUCUAUCUGUUUGUUCGUUGCCUAUACGUUCGGGCAGUCUGGUUCAUUCGAUUGCUUCGAAACGAUGUACAGUUAUUGUUGGAACUUGCGGGAACGUUUCUGACAUAGUAUGAAAAUAAGUGAUAUUUAUUUGAUUUGCAUAAGUAAGUAAAUAGUUGAUUAUUAAUUGUUAUUAAAAGUUAUAGCAUUUU